AUGCAUAUUCCUACCAUCGGUCAAGUUGCCACAAUCGGCCUGGUUUUCAUUGCGGCUACUGCUCUUGCUGUACCCAUCGUUGAGCCGCGUGAGACCGAUAUCGUCGAGAACUCUGCCGACCUUGUUGCCCGCGGUGAGGGCAUCUCGGCCAUUGCCAACUCUGUCCAUGCCCUCGAGCAACGCACGAGCAAGAAGAAGUGCAAGCGUAACAAGAAGGGAAAAUGCGACGAUUCCGACUCCGACGAUGACUACAAGAAGAACAAGAAGUGCAAACGCACCAAGAAGGGGAAAUGUAUCGAUUCCGACUCCGACGACGACGACAAGAAGAACAAGAGCAAGAACUGCAAGCGCAACAAGAAGGGCAAUUGCAUUGACUCGGAUGACGACAAGAACAACGGUGGCAAGGCCGACGACAAGAACAACGGUGGCAAGGCCGAUGACAAGAACAACGGUGGCAAGGCCGAUGACAAGAACAACGGUGGCAAGGCCGACGACAAGAACAACGGUUACUAG